AUGAUGCUACUCGUUAUAACGCCACCCAGUAUAGUGACUUUGACGGUGGUCACAAUGAUACUACUCGUUAUAACGCCACCCGUUAUAGUGACUCUGACGGUGGUCACAGCCACAAUCAUGACAGUGGAAAGGGCUUCGCAGGCAAUGGCAGCACUGGCUUACCAGUCCCCUCCAUCAGCAGCGUUCACAGCUGCAGUGAAGGAGUUUGAAGCAAUGCAGAGGGAGUGUGUAGGGUUCCUAGACGACGAGAGCUGGGAAUGGGUCAAAGACAAGGCCACCUGGUAUGAUGGGGACACGUGGUGUGAUAAGGGCACGUGGUGUGAUAAGGGCACGACACACGUGGGCACGUGGUGUGAUAAGGAGGGCACGUGGUGUGAUAAGGAGGACACGUGGUGUGAUAAGGAGGCCAUGUGGUGUGAUAAGGAGGACAUGUGUUGUGACAAGGGCGCGUGGCGUGGUGUGAGCACGUGGUGUGAUAAAGGCACGUGGUGUGAUGAGGGCACAUGGUGUGAUAAGGAGGGCAAGUGGUGUGAUAAAGGCGCGUGCUGUGAUAAGGACACGUGGUGUGGGAUGGGCACGUGGUUUGAUAAGGGCCCACCAUGGCCAUCAUCACCAUCUUUGUCUAUCUGCUUAUUCCUUCCUCCCAGCUCGCACCUUCCUGCCUCUCCUCCUAUGCUCCCUCUCCCCACCUCUCACCUUCCUCCCCCUUUCCCCCCCCCAACCCCACGCCCUCUCCUUCCCCUCCCCCCCCCCUCUCCCCUCCCCCCCACCUUGUGCAGGCUGCUACUGUCGACAAUACUGCAUAAGUUCAAUCUGCAGAUGACUGUACUUGCCAAGGAGCUGUACACGCAGGGCGAUGGGGUGCUUGACGACAUGAGGAGGCGCGUGCAGGACGAUGGCACUGUUGUUCUCGACAAGUACCACCGGUGGGCACCUGUCUGUCUGGACAUGCAUUGA